AUGCCGCCGCCGCCGCCGCCGCCGCCGACUACAAGAAGUGAGAAGGUAGACUAUGCAGCCAUGUACAGGAGAAUGUUCCAGGAAGAGGGAACCACUGGCACAAAGGUCCUGAGGCAUUAUACCCGUGGCACAGGGAGGGCUGUGUUGACAAAAUGUGAGGACAAAGCUGCCCAGGAGCCCAGCAGCUCCUGCCCAUCUUCCUUCCCCUGGCCGGCUUUCUCCUACACAGAGAGCCUACACAGAACGCCUGACCCAUGGGGUAGGGAAGCUGAGCUCUCCUUGCUUCUUGCAGAGAUUGGUGUGGGCAUCACCGGCUUCGGCGUCUUCUUCAUCGUCUUGGGUAUACUCCUGUACUUCGACUCCGUACUCCUGGCUUUCGGCAAUCUGCUGUUCCUGACUGGCCUCUCCCUCAUCAUCGGCCUGAGGAGGACGUUUUCCUUCUUCUUUCAACGACACAAGCUCAAGGGGACCAGCUUCUUCCUGGGGGGUGUAGCCAUUGUGUUACUGCGCUGGCCCCUGCUGGGCAUGCUCCUGGAGGCCUACGGAUUUGUUAGCCUCUUCAAGGGCUUUUUCCCUGUGGCCUUUGGAUUCCUGGGCAGUGUUUCUAACAUCCCCUUCCUGAGCACCCUGUUGCAGAAACUUCAAGGCUCCAGCUCAAUGGUCUGAACCGUCGAGAUGCGCUCCUUGAACUUGGAUUGUUGGUGGAGGGGGCUGGAAGGGAAAUGGGGGUUAUCCUCAUGAGCCCCCCUCCCCAGCACUGACUUACUUCCCAUCACACUCGGGCAUCUCCAAGUCCGGCAGGAAGAUGGAGCUGACUGACUGAUCUUAGACCCCCAAGUUAUCUCAAGACGCUGCCAGGAGUAGAGAUCCUGACCCUGACACCCAGUGGAGGCUGGAAGCAACUUUCCCAAUCUGAAUUUAUACAGGGGAGUGAAGAUUAAAUCCUCAAGCUGUGAAUGUGUCUGAGAUUUGGGGUUGAUGUCUCCAGUCCAGGGUAUCCAGCCCAGCCCUAGGUUGGACGUGCAAUCACUUCCCAACCUAAUACUACAAGGUGUAAUUGCAACCUCUAAGAGUCGGA